AUGGAGUGGACUACUGAAAACUCCGUUGGCUGGCUUGGAUUGACUCUCAAAGAUUACAACUGGUGGAAUCCCGACGGAUCAUUUAGUGAUAUCGCUCGAUUUACUAACGUCACAAUUGAUUUAUUCGACGAUGGUAACCAGUGCGCUCGUUUAAUCGAGGAAGAUGGAGAGCUUCUCGUCACGAACAGUGAAGACUGUAGUUCAUCAACCGUUGAUGGCGACCUGUAUUGUCGGAUCUAUGAGUGCACUCCAAGCGCACCUCCAAUUGAUUGUGUUCAUUUCACGGAUCUUGGUAUUCCCGGUCCUUAUUCUUCGGGAGUCGAAGAAUGCGAAGCAGAUGGAAUGGAGCUUGCGUAUUUCAAAACUGAAGAAGAGUUUGAAAAAUACCUUUCUUAUGGGUUCCUUGAUGCUUGGACAGGUCUGACAGCCUUGGAUACCUCGGGAGUGUUUAAAAAUCCAGACGAAAGCUAUACCAAUUUCGUAGGUUGGAAUGAAUACCCUUGGGUAGAUGGUGAGCAGUAUUCGGAUGUGAAAAAGUACGCCAAGAUUCUACUUACAACAGAAACGAUUCAAAUGGCAGAUUCUGCAGAUAUUCUUCAAGUUGUUUGCCGAAAAGAGUACUGCCCAGAAAUGAAAGUUGAAGAGACAUGUGCCUCUCCCGACAAAUAUAUUGUCGAAGGUCAAUGCUUUGAUUGUCCUUACGGAGCUGUGUGUGACUCUACUGGCGUUCAUACUCUUCUUCCAUGCGAUGCUGAUCCAACCUCACCUCGAACAACAAUAAGUCCUCAUCAAUUUGACAAAAUACCAUCAGUAGAGCCACGCGCCUGGACUUACACUUCCAUUAUCAAUCUGGCUCACAACUAUGGAGAAGAUAUCGAAUCUCUAGCUUCUGAAGAAUACACGAACUUAGACUUGAUUCAUUCAGAGAGCAUUGGUUCCGUUAGAUCUCAAAUUGAAGUAUCUUUGGGAGAAGACGGAUACUUCAGAAAAGCUUAUCUUAACCCUGAGCAUACAAUUAUUUCUGGCCCUGUCCGAACACAAUCGUUAAUGAGCUCUUAUGAUACGCAAAUCGAUUUAUUUCCGGCUUCAUUUCGAGUCCGAUUUCAAAUCUACCCCGAUGAAAAUAUUCCAUUUUCGGGCCCGGGAGAAUCGACUAAUUAUUUCUUCAAUAUAAAAUUUGCUGAGUCAGGCGAAACAUUUUUGCAAGUAAAAUACAAAGAUAAAGCUUCAGCUAUAGUGGUUAAAAAUGAAAACGGGGAUUACAGGCAAAAGAAUCUCGCGGCAAACAAAUGGAAUCUUAUCGAACUUGAAGUUUACGAAGAACGAGAUUCUCAUUCUUUGACCGUCAAAGUCAUCAGAAAAGACGAGGCCGGAAACGAAUGGGCGAGCUCACCGAUGAAGCUAUUCAACGUUUUUGAACUUUCUCCAAAGUCAGCUUACUACUCGAAAAAACCGUUCGACGUCAAUUUUCCAACCAAAAAUCCAUCUGAAAGUAACAUGGACGUCGUACCUUGCCAUUCAAUCGAUGACUUUGGUGACUUCGAUGGCAUGAGUUCCAUUGACUACGAGAAUUGCGAAUCAGAAGACUUUGUUGUUAUCGACUUACUUCAUCAUCUUCUUUUGUACUUCAAAUUUUCGCACGAGAAUUUCCCGAUUAUCAAAUUUGGUAUAAUUGAUGGAAAUCCUUCAUUUUCUUCUUGUGAGACGGAGUAUGCACAAUUUUCUGCUAAUUCUGAAUAUCAGAUUCGAAUAGAUACUUUGAUGCUGGAAAAUGGACAUAUCACUUACCGAAUCGGCUUCAAAAAGGAUGAAAUCUUAGUGUCGAAUGUAGUCUGCUCUGAGACAUUUACUCGACGUUUAUUAGAUCAAGCACCAGUCAAUGUUAUAUUCUACCCGCCUUGGCAACACAACAAAGCUGUCGACUUUGACCUCGUUGCUUUCGAAUAUGAAGGAUUCGACCCGCAAAAUUUUGAACUGCAAAUUCUAAAGCCGGAUAAAUCAUCAACUCCUAAAGUAAUAACGAAUGCUCUGGGCGCGGAUUACAAUCAAGAUUCCACAAAUUGGCGAGAAGAAAAGACGCAGUAUUUUACCGCUAAAAGUGUUUCUCCGUCGUUUUAUGUUAGUCCCGACAAAUCUGUAAAUUGGUUCAAAGGCUGUUGCAAAGUCAAUACAGAGAGAAGCUCCAUUUCUCCCCUAGAACUAGCAGUUAUUCCAUCGGUUCCCCCAUCAAGCUGGAUUUAUAAGACAAUGAUCAACUAUAACAAUUACAUAGAAGGCGCCAGCUCCAUUUUCCUUUCAGAAGAAUCACUUUCCGUCAAAACGAUUUUCGAUUACGAGUUGAUGACAAGAAACGGUGACCUCUAUGUUGAAAAAGAAGAUGGUUUUUGGAUACAAUCGUACAUCAAAGAUGAUGGCGUAGUUAUAGCUCCAGAUGAUGAACUGACUCUUCAAAGCCUUGGUUCUCAUUUGAACGUGCAGUACAACUUUUUACGCUUUCGAAAUCGCCUUCGCUUUCAAAUUUUUGCUCCUGAAGAGGAUAUGUUAUGUUCAAAUUAUGUCAUUUUUCACUGGUAUGCUGGCACUCUUAGGUCAAAUCAUAUAAAAGUAAAGCUUUUGGGAACAGACAAGAAGCUGGUUAUUCUUUUUGACGAUGAUUUGGUAGAAGAACUCAAUCUCAGUGGAUCUGAUGGAGAUUACAACUGGUUCACUGAACAAUGUUAUUUCACAUAUUGCGGAGCUGGAAAGUAUCGGCACGGAGAUCAAUGCAUUUUAGACGGAACAGUUCCAGAUCAAGAAGUUUGGGAUGCGCGGAAUUAUGAUUCUUACUGUUCUGAAGUUAGCGCAUCGAACAACCAGUGUUCUGCUCAGGACUUGAUCUAUCAACAGAUUUCUGGUUAUGUCCCAGCAUUCAGAAUUAGCUACACUGAUCAGUUGAACACUCAUUGCAGUAUUGGGUCCGGUUACGAAGGCAAUUUGAAACUUGUUGAUUCAAGGUUCUUCUUAGAAACUGGAGGAACAUGUCGAGUUUGCUCUGUUGGAGAGUUCUCAACGCCCGGUCAAACCUGUGCAAGUUGUCCACCUGGAUUCAUAUGCCCGUUUAAUGUCCCUAAAAAGUGUCCUCUUGGUGAAAUACCAGUUUCAAGCAAUUGCGUACAAUGUCCUGAUGGAUACUUCGCAGACGUAGCAGAUCCUCUCUGUCACAAAUGCCCUGACGGAACUGCUCUUCAGCUAAGUUCAAAUCAUCCUCAGAAAUGCUCAAGAUGCGAUUUCAGCCGAGCUUUCUACAACAAUGAAACAAUGACAUGCGAACCAUGUCCUGUUGGAACGUUCGCGUAUGCAAAUGGAAUAUGCCAACCUUGUCCAGAAGGAUCCAUUUGCGAUACCCCGGGACAAGCUCAUCCAAAAAGUUGUGAAGAUGGACAUUACUGUACUGGUGGGUCAAAAUUCGUGUGUCCGGCGAAUACAACUUCGGAUAUGGAAUAUUUAGGCAUCGUGGAAUUCGAGCCGUUUUUAUACGGAUUUACAGAAAGGACUUUAAAGAACUUUAGAAAUAACGAAGAUAUUUCACAGUACUACAUGCGGUUGAAAUACGAUUUGAGGGCCGAUGGAGAAUAUGACAGUGAAUACAUUGAAAACGCUUUCUACAAACUUCCUGCGGGUUGCGCGCAUGCAAAGGUUCAAUAUUUUGUCUCUUAUUUCAGAACAACGGGAACAUAUGUGAAUAAAAUUAUUUGGAAACUGACGUACCCUGUGAUAGAUAUUGUGUUCAAGUACGACUCUGGCUCCCAGAAAUUAACGCUCUUGAAGAAACCAUGCAGCGUGGCUCAGGAGCUUUUUGAAAGCAGCGAAGAAGAUUAUAUUUUCGGAACGAAGACUCUUUUGCUUGAUGAAAUCUACAAGCUAAAAGUUACUUACAAUUGGGACAAGAAGUGGGAUGAAGAGAACUUGCUAACAAUUAAAGUCUUUAUUGAUGAUCAAAUUUUCUAUGCGACGAAGAGUAGAAGCGACGAAUGCAACAACAACAUCAACAUCCUUCAAAACGCAAUCAACAGCAAUCACGAUAACCAUAGGCCAGAAGUGUUUCGAUACGCAAAAACUUGGUUCAAGGAAAUAACCGAGAUGAGGCUCCUUUCUGGUACAGAUGAAAUCUUCGCGAGAACAGAAAAACAAAUCUGUGGAACACAAGAUCUUCUUGAUCAGUUGUAUGACAAUGGAAAUAACUGGGCAGAAAUCGGCGAUUACGACUUUAUAUAUGAUGCGAAUGGCACUGCUGCUUGUUAUGUUACUCCUAAUAAUGAUCCGCCAAAGCUCAUUUGUCAGAAGAAAUUUUCGCAACCAAGCGACUGCUACUGCACACAAGGAUAUAAAUUGAACUCGAAUGGACAAUGCAUUGCCUGUCCCGCUGGAACAUUUGGAACCGUUUCACGAGAAUGCGUUCCGUGUCCGAUCGGGUUGUUCACGCCAAGUGAAGGGAUGAUUGAAUGCACGAGGGCGAGCGAAGAAAUGUUUAUUGAUAGCGGUGUUGGUGCUACAGAGGAAGUUCUCUGUCCUGCUGGAUUUCUCUGUGAGGGCAUUGGUCGUGGAUAUAUCAACGGUUGGUACCCAGAUCCACUUGGAGACAACACUUACAGAGGUGUUGGCGAAGCUUCUCAGUCAUGCCCCGAAAAUUCUCAUUUUGUCACUUACGAGCUUUCAUCCGACCCAGAGUCCAAUUGGUUAACAAGACACGAGCUAAAUUAUCCUUCUUCUGAAUAUUUUGAUGUCAUAAGCAUGCAGUUUGAGGGAAAAUAUGCAACCACAGAUGUUGAGCAGUGUCCUACAAACUGGGCAGAUAUUCAUCAGAAUUUAAACUGUCGAUUAACAUUCGCACGUACAAAGAAUCCCGAAGGCGUUGCCUAUGAUAGCUAUCUCUUCUGCUUCGCAUACAAAGAAUAUGAUGUUUUUGUUGUCGAGUGUAUUGGCAACCCAGCAUCCAUCUUCGGACAGCAGUUACAAACAAAUGGACUCCUACCACUGAAAAAAUACCUACCAGGAAUCGACCUUCAGCAGUGGAAUAUGUUUACAGUUUUAUGCCAUACAGACAAAUUUUGUCAUAUUGAUGUUCAACCAAUCGACAAUCCAGGAGAUGCUUCUGAGCCUUGGAUUGGAAUGGUGAACAUAAUGACUGCAGUUUCUUCAGAUUGGACAGGUUGUUUCUUUGAUACUGAGAAUUAUCUUCGCUGCUAUAAAACUGCAACUUCCGUGAAUGACUGCCAGUGCAAUCACGGAUACGUGCGUGGACAAGAUGAAUUCUGUGAGCCUUGUCCGCCUGGACAAUAUUACAACUUGGGCACAGGACUUUGCGCACGAUGUCCGUUUGGGCAGUACAGCAAUGUAUCUCCAUCAUUCAAUUGCUCUCGAGCGCAACCUGGGUUUUGGGUAGGAACUGGACUUGGAACUAUUCACCCUGAAGUUUGUCCAGAUGGUUUUCUCUGCCCAGACGUUGGACAUCGAAUUUAUCAAGACACGCCAGUUCCAUGUUCGGAUAAUAAUUACUGUUCCGCUGAUGUAGAAACCCGAUGUCCUGCUGGCUCACACUUUACAACAGAGCUCCACGAAGGCCAAUUCAAUGAGACAUAUGAGAUAACUAGUGAGCUUGCAGAUGGUGACGCGACGUAUCCAAGGAUCCCCCACGAAAUACCCGCAAAUAUGUUUAGUACUUCACUGUGGUUUUCAGCUUUUGAUGAUUCCGUUGAUUACCUUCCGAAUUUAUAUGACUCUGAUUAUUUGACAAUCAGUUCUGAUGUCGAUGAAAAGGGAAGAUUUCUUUCGGUAGACGUGAAAUCAGUAAAUGACUUUGGCCUUCAUUCCAUGAAGAAAUACAUUCCAACAGUGGACAUUCAGAAUUUAAGGAUAAGAGUUCUUCAUAAAAAAGACCAAUUCACAAUGUUAUUCGUCUCAAACACUUCUCUGAACGAAAAUCUUUGGACAACUGGGCCAGUCGGACAUUACCAGAAUGGAAAAAUCUCAUUCGCAGUCCAGAGUGAUUUUACCAAUUGUUUCUUUGUUGAUGACCAUAUUGAAUGUCACAAGACAGCCACUGCAGAAACUGAUUGUAAUUGUGGCGAGGGAUAUUAUUCUGAAGGCGGAAAUGGCAAAUUCCCUUGCCUUCAAUGUCCCGCCGGAGAAUAUCAGGACGAAAUCGAACAAAACUAUUGCAUUGUCUGUGCAAAUGGCACUACAGCGCCUAAUUUAGGCAGUUCAAGCUGUGAUAUCUGUGAGAGUGGAUUUUUUUGCACAAAAGACGGAAUCGGAAGUUAUCCAUGUCCAGUUGGUACUCGACAAAUCAUCGAUGAGCACAACAACUACAUUUGUGUUGAUUGCGAGCCAGGGACUUUUAAUUCAAUCGAGGGGCUAAGUGAUCAGUGCACGACUUGCUUGACAGGUCAUUAUUGUCCGUCAGCCUCGCCGUCGCCCCUACCAUGUCUUUCGAUGACCUAUCAAGAUGAACCUGGAGCUGCCCUUUGCAAACCUUGCGAGCCGGGAACCAUCACGCUUCAAACUGGGCAGACCUCAUGUAGACCAUGCGAGUCAGGAUUCUCAUGUGAUGCGGCUGGAGUUUCAGCUCCUAGCCCCCUGUCCACCUGGGACUUACCAGACAAUAGACGAAGUAGGCUGGCAUAUUUGUUCUCCCUGCCCGGCUGGUAG